UUUAAGUUGCCUCUUGAAGCUGAAACGCGUAAGUUUAACUAAGUAUGCCGCCAAACAGUGAAUCCUUUAAUCUGGAUGAGUUGGAAGCGCCCAGCUGGAUGGAUGCUCAAUAUUUCAGAGAUGUUUUGCGUGGUCAUGAAAACGAUGAGGGUGUGGAGGUGAUCGCCUUAAAGAUCUCACCCGCCAGUGGCAAAGGGGAUCACUAUGCAAGUAUUAUGUUCCGGGCUGCUGUAGAGUAUAAAAGCGAAAAGGGCAAGUUCAUCAAGUCGCUGAUCAUUAAGACAAUGCCCGAAAAAGAGGGACAUAAGAAAGAACUGCUGGAAGAAUCUCAUGUUUUCGAGACUGAGAUUAACAUGUACGCAGAAAUGCUACCCAAAUUUGAGGAAAUAUUGCGACAGACUGGCGAUGAGACAUCACUGUAUGUGCCCUGCAUCUACUACAGCAUGAAGCCACGUCAGGUAAUGAUAUUUGAGGAUCUAGUGCCUCAGGGUUAUAUUGUGAAUCGUAGUGGGAAGCCAACUAUAGAGGAGGUUCACUGUGCCUACACCAAGUUAGCCAAAUGGCAUGCCGUAAGCUUAAAAUUGAAUAAAGAACAACCCUUACUGAUGGAGAAAUUCAAGCACAGUUUAAUGGAACUUCCUGGAAUCGAUAAAGAUCCCAUGUUUUCAACUGGAAUGGAUUAUUUUCUGAAGUUGUUGGACUCCAUGCCAGACCUGAAAGAAUACAAACCGUACUUUGAAAAAAUACGUCCCAACUAUCUGAAGCACUGCAUAAACACUUUUAAGGAGUAUCGGGAGAAUCCUCAGGAGGAUGCAUAUUACGUACUCUGCCAUGGGGACUUUCACAUUAGGAACAUGAUGUUCAAACACAACAAAACCAGCGGAGCAUUAGAGGACUGUAUGCUGCUUGACUUCCAGAUGAGCUAUCUGGGACCCAUGCCUAAUGAUAUCAUUUAUUCGAUCUAUAAUCUCUUGUCCUCCGAGCAACGACAGAACCAAAGGGAUGAGAUUAUUUAUUUUUACUUUUCUACUUUAACCGACACAUUGAAGAAAAUCAAUUAUGAUGGCGAAAUGCCGUCAUUAGUCAAAUUUAGAGAACAGCUUUUCCGGCAUAAAUAUUUGGAAUUCUUUUUGCUUACAACAUUUAUGCCCCUAUUGCUUGCACUUCGGAAUGGCAAAUAUGAGCUCUCUGAAAUGAUUGAAAAUAAGCAUUUGAGGUCAACGUUGUAUAACGAGGAGAAUUACAUCUCGGAGGUUAGAUACAACCUGAAGCGGUAUUUACAUCUGGGGUACUUUGAAGAUUUGCAAUAAUAUUAAUGUUAAUCGCAUAUAGUAUAAAAUAUAUGUUAAACUUAAAUUACAACAGGAAUAUUGUACAUUUUUCACAAUAUACGUUAAUAAAAGAUUCGCAAUAAUUAAGCAUUCCAUUUU